AUGACAGACAAACCAAACAUGGAAGAAAUCGCCAGCUUCAAUAAGGCCAAGCUGAAGAAGACGGAGGCACAGAAGGACACCCUGCCGACCAAAUAGACCAUUGAUCAGAAGUGAAGUGAAAUUUCUUAA